AUUGAAGUAUGUUGUUGCUGCAUAUUCUACUGGCAGAGACUGGUACAUCUAAAAGUACCCGAAAGAAAGAAGAGUAAAAGAAGUAACCAGAUAAAAGAUAAAGGGGCGAAACGAUGAGUUUGACUUUUCGGAAGAUUGUUGCUGCUUCUCUUAGCACAAAUUUCCGAGAGGCAUGUAAAAUUGUGCAUUCAGAAGUUGGAAAUCUUGGAGAUCUGGAGGUGCUUGUGAAAAACAGAUUUGUUGGAAUCAAUGCAACAGAUGUUAAUGUUGCUGCUGGGAGAUAUUCACCUUCAAGAAAACCUCCACUUGAAACUGGGCUUGAGGGUGUUGGCACCAUUGUUGAAGUCGGAAAAGAUGUUCCAUCUGAGCUCAAAGGCAAAGCUGUUGGAUAUAUAUACAAUGGAGCUUUUUCAGAAUACAUUACUCUUCCAGCAAAAGUCGCCUUGCCCCUUCCAGCCGAAAAACCUGCUUAUGUACCACUGCUAAUCAGUGGCCUGACUGCUGCAAUUGCUUUUGAUAAACUUGGGGAAUUAAAACCAAAAGAAACUGUGUUGAUAACAGCUGCUGCAGGAGGAACUGGGCAUCUCGCUGUACAAUUGGCAAAACUGGCUGGCUGCCAUGUAAUUGCCCUUUGCUCUUCAAAAGAGAAAGUUGACUUUUUGCAGAAUUUAGGUUGUGAUCGAGUGAUCAAUUAUAAGGAAGAAGACUUUGGUAAAGCUUUGCGUGAUGAAUACCCGCGUGGUAUUGACGUCGUGUACGAAUCCAUUGGAGGCAAUGUGUUUGAGACCUGCUUGAAUAGGUUGGCAAUAGGGGGACGCAUCAUAUCUCUUGGUUUUAUAUCUAGCUAUCAUUCUCCAGGUGGCGUGGAUAGGAAUGUCAAGCAUGCAACAAUUAUACAAAAGCUCCUUCUAAAGUCUGCAAGCGUUCGCGGGUUCUUCCUCAUGAAUCAUGCCAAGCACUAUGGAGAGUACCUUCCCAAGUUGAUCGACCUCGUUCAGAAGGACCAGUUGAAGCCUCACAUAGAAGUCAUUCCAUGCACCCAAAGCAGUGACGGCCUACAAUCUGUUUUCGAUGCUGUUGAUUACCUUUACAGUAGAUCAAGUAUUGGAAAAAUUGUCGUCGAUCUGAAGAUGAUACCUGGCUCCAAUCUUUAAAGAUCAAAUGAAAAUAUUGGAAUGCAGUUACCCUUACCAAGGACAUACGUUUGUGCUAAAAAGUGCCCAAGUAUACCCAAACGGCACUUAAACAUAUUUGGCAAAUCAGGAAUAAACUAGUUGAACUCCUUAAGUCAUAAAAGACAUUUAGAAUCCACUGAAUAACAGCAUGCUAGCUCAAGAUAUAUUUGGUUGCAUUGUUUGGCUUUUGGUUUGUGACUAAACCAAACGUCGCUGUGAUAUGGAACUCAAUUUAACUUUGUUGAAGUAAAGAAUUUUAGGAGAAAACCAUUUGUAGAAUGAUCGUUAGUUUUGAUAUGUUUUUAUAAUGCUAAUCGUGAGAAAAUUAAUUAAAGAAUUUCAUGUACAGUUAUAAGGCAAUCACAGCUUUGUUUUACAGUUCUUCGGUUAAUAUUUCCUUUGUUAUAUGUCAAAUUUUUUAGCUGCUUAGGGUUUGGCAGAUUUAAGCAGAAGCCCGCCGAGCAGUUUGAUAUCAAGGUUAAACCCGUCAAUUACGAAUAUCAAUUUUACAUAUAUAUUAUAUUUUUAUAUGAUAUUUUAACGAAUAUCAAAGAACAUCCAGUUAGCAAUGUAUCUAGUACUGUACAUCAGAUAUAGAGCUUUGUAAGAUUUUAUAUAAGCAGGUAAUUGAUUUCUGUUAAUUUGCCAGAUUCUAAGGCAGUGCUUGUAUAUUCAAGUCAAACUUUAACUAAGUAUGUGACACGAUUCAUGAAAAUAAAAAAACAAUUACCCUCUAGUAUUCCCAUGCUUUAAUUGUGUUUUCCUAAUUUUUUCUACCCUGUAUUAUGGAAAAGUGAUUACUGUGUCUUAGGCCACUUAUGGUGCAAUCAGAGAUUAAACCUCCUAUUAUACUUGUCAUUUUCAACUCAAUUCAAAAUUAAGCAACAUUACUGUCAAACGAGCAUGCCGCCCGAUACUUCUGUAUAUUUUUUCUACAUACCUUACUCUUUGAUUCGAUAAGUUGAUUACUAUUACCUUUUUUAUUCUAAUCUUACUUUAAUUGUAUUUUCCAACCAAUUUGAUGUGUCCUUAACAGUA